CUUUUUAGAAAAGAUAAAGAGAGAAGAGAGGCCCCCACCUCUCUCUCUCUCUCCCUUGUUCUCUGUGUUCUUUAGUUUCUUCUUGCCUUCUUUCACUAAGAUAGGUAGACAUGGUUAUGUACAUGGGUUUUUUGGGGCAUUACAGGAAGUUUGGAAAGUCUUUUUUAUUUGUCAUGGAAAGACUGAACUCAAAGCUGUACCUGCAGAACUGCUACAUGAUGAAAGAGAAUGAGAGGUUAAGGAAGAAAGCACAGCUCCUCAACCAGGAGAAUCAAGCACUGCUGUCUGAGCUGAAACAGAAGCUCUCCAAGGCUAACUCAAAAGCCAAUGCCCCCAACAGUAUUCCAGACCUCAAUCUCAGCUCCAGUUCCUCCCAUAAUCCUACCAAUUCCAGCACUAACUGAUCCAGCUGGGUAGAUUAUCAUGACCCCACUAGGACUCCCUUUCCCUCUUUUUGUGUAAAACCAUAGUCCCAACAGUAGUAGCUAUUCCAAUUUCAGUCAUAUAGGACAAUAGAAGUAUCUUCCUACCAGGGCUACUUUUACUUCUAUUUCCAUGUUUAUCUCGUCUUUCUUUUUGGAGAGGUUAAGAUGUGGAUUUCUGAACUAUGUAUUAAGCUAUCUGCUAGAAAGGAAUAUAAUAUUAUUAUAGUUUUAGA